CAAUGUUGUCAUCACUAUAACAACAAACAAAUACAGAUGCUCACAGUGUGCUUCUUACAACUUUAGGUUUAUAAAAUAAGAUGAUAAACAGUAAAACCCAUGGCUGAAGAAAAAAAAAAGUUAUCUAAUGGUAUUUUAGGUGUUAUUAGUCCUUUACCUGGCUGCAUGGAAGAUGUUUAGCAUGAGCAUUAUAAAGCACUUAUUCAGCAUCUUCUCAUCACAGUCCUAAUUUUUCGCUUAAGAUUGUGUGUUAUUUAAAAUGAUUAUUUGUUAAAAAAAGGUCUGCUUUUGUAGGCUAAGAAGUAUGAAUCAGAGGCUUCCCCAAUUUAGGCUCUACCUUUAUAGACUCAUUCCAGUGUCUGAGACGCUGUCAUCGCCAUCCUUACAGAGCAUACGUCAGAGUGGGUCAAAUGCCCUCCUAAUUCAUUUCCAGCAGAGUAGUUGGAACUAGAACGAUGUGAUCCGAAGGAGCUGUUGACUAGCAUGGCUGACCUUCUAAAAACUCCUCUUUCAAUUUAUAACACACUCUCUCUCACAUACACAAACAUGAUAUGCACAUGUGUUCAUUCACCAUUCGUACUAACAGCAGCUUCAGAUACACACUUAGUGGAAUACACACACACACUUUGUAAAUACUUGGCCUGGGGUCUGAGAGGAGGAAAGCCAAGGGGAGUCACUGACACAAGUUGCUACUGUGAUUACCUCACGUCUGCGAUGGGUUAGGAAGGAAACUCAUUCUGUGCAUACUUGACAAAAGCAAACUUUACAAAAUGUAGUGAAAAUCAAAACACAGAAAUGAGUUGUGUUACGUAGGAUUUUAGAAUUGUUCCUUGUUUUUUUAAAUUUAAAUUCCAUCAUAAUUAUCAAUUCUUCUGUUACAAUGAUUGUAUCAUGUUCAAUUUCAUAACAGCUCGAUCAUUAAAUAUUGACAAUGUAGUUGUGAGAUCACUGUUUUUUUUUUAACUGUUGUUUUUUUAGUUCUAGAAAAAGAAAAGCAGAGAUUUUUUUGGUUUGAGUGAAUCCACAGGAUCAGGUUACCAUGGGAUUCUCCUGCAUUUUUAGGUCGAGCCAUUAAUAAUGAUGAGAGGUUCCUUGCUGUCAGCAUUCAUGCACCCUGCAGGCUUUAUGGCAUGUAGCUGCUUUCCCAGGUUACGUCUUAUUACAUGCAGUCGUUAAGUAGCCUCAGCACUUACAAUAAUCUCUGUCGACAUAAAAAAAGCGGCUCUAUACAGAAGACAAACACAUGGAGGCAUUUUGCUAUUUGAUUAUCAAAAACUGCAUGAAGUAAUGUGUUAAGAUAUAUCAUUUAAUCAAGGUGAGAACCAAACUCAACAAUUUAAUUUUUAUAAAUUGUAAACAAAUGUGACAUAGGAAGGCUACAAGAGAUGUCGGCAUAUUGAGCUAAGCUUAGAUUUCUUCUUUUUUCCCCCCUGACCCAUAAAUAAAAGUCACGUGUUCAUUCCUCAGCUUGUUUGUUAUUGUUUGUUGCCUUGGAUAUGGUCAAGGCCUGACACCUUGGCUUGACCCAGACAGUCAUUUUAUGAAUGCUAUAUGCUAACACAUUAGCAGCAGGCGGCAUGGUGUCCUGACACUGACAUCUGAUUCUGAAAUCCAACCCUUUGUCCAGCAGUGGAAAGGCAAAAAAAAAUGGUGCCCCUCUGAGAAGCCAUGCUUGUUAACCUGACUGCAUUAGAGAAAGAAAAAAACCCUGACAUAAAAGUUUGGGGUGGCAUGUUAUACCCUCCAAAUAUAAACCACACCAAUGUAAUAAUCCAAACUGUCCAGGUUGGUUUUAGCGACACCGAUUAGCACCCCUGUGCUAUUAUUGUUCUGCCCCUGUAUCUACAGUGACUGACAUAAGUGAUUAAGGUCUGUGCAGGCAUUAAAGGUGGGAAACAGGGCCUAUAAAUAGCUCACAAUGCUGCACUGUGCUUUUAACUUCCCUCAGGCCACAUUUUUCUCUGUCCACAGGAAUUUGCAGAAUAAUUUAAUUAUGUGUAAGAAAGCAGACCUUGAGCUGGUGUUGGAUUGAAAAUAAAGUUUAAUCCUUUCUGUAAAGAACUCGCAUGGACUGAUAAGGACUAACUAAUUAGACCUGAAGUAAUUGCAGCUGUGUUUUUUACAACUCCAUAUCUCAGUGACCCCAAAGGCUGGGUCGCUUGUCUUCUGGGGGUCCCCAUGUUCCAACUUGUACAAUUGAGCCCUUUAAGUGCUCCGAACGGUGACUGUUAUUUUGGCUGUUGCUCCCUGAAGACACUCUGGCUACUCAAAUGUCAGUCAAGCCAGCAGUUUCCACUGGCUUGGUCCAGGAUGGCCCCAUGGUUAUACGAGGCUCUGUGCUUCAAAGCAUCCAGGCUAUUUCGUCUUAUUUAUUUCAAGACCAAUUUAAUAUGUAGCUGCAGAAAAAAAUAAACUCACUAUACACUUAACAAGCUGGGGUCUAUUUAUUCACCUUGCUCUUUACUCCCUGUUUCUUAAACUGUGGGCAGUGACCCAAAGUAGACAUGGGGCUGGGUCCUGGAGGUUCCCCUUGUGACAAGAAUAGCCCCAUGAUUUCAUGAAUGAGGGACCUGCAAGUAGAGAGACUCCAUUUCUGAGCAGACUGUUGAUCUAGGAAACUUGCUCUCAACAAAACAAGCCCGAGGACUUUGAUACAGAAUUCUUAAAAAAUAUAAAUGCUGGGAAAAUGACAUUUGAGGAGCUCCAAGUUUACUCUGAAAUCACUGCACUGCUGUGGUGAAGUGGCUGAGUGUGAGAGGGACAGCAGCAGCAGCAAGUGUCAUCUGGUCUUCCAACUUGGGGAGGGCUUUGGAGUUUAAAAUGGUGUGAAUAUGAUAGCCAUAGCCAUCGGUAUAGCGCAUGCAAGUGGAGAUCUGUGUGCACCAUUGAAAGUUGUCAGUUCAGAGGCUCUAAUCUGAUAAAAAGGACGCUGUAAAUCAACAACGGAUUCUGGAUACUGGCAAAUCAACAACAGUGGGACUUAUUUUCCUGUGUCCUGGGCGGCUGCAUGAGAAAGAGAGUUGGGAGGACGCACGGGCAAAAGGGUAAGAGGAAAGCACCGAGGAGGUGAGUGAAGGAUUUACCCUAGGAGGGGUAAAAAAGAUGACUGUGGUGUCCCCUGAGAACCAAGGCGAGACUGUGGUCGUUACUCCUUUGUUGCAAGAUGCUGCUGACUUGGAAGCAGCGGACCAGGAGUGCAGCGAGAGGGUGGUCAUCAACAUCUCAGGGCUGCGCUUUGAGACGCAGUUAAAGACCCUCUCAAGGUUCCCCACUACGCUUUUAGGAGAUCCGCGAAAAAGGAUCCGAUUCUUUGAUCCGUUGAGAAAUGAAUACUUCUUUGACAGAAACAGGCCGAGCUUUGACGCCAUCCUCUAUUAUUACCAGUCAGGAGGGCGGCUACGGAGGCCCGUUAGCGUUCCAGUGGAUAUUUUCCUGGAGGAAAUAAAGUUUUACGAACUGGAUGAAGAGGUUAUAGAGCUUUUCCGAGAUGAUGAAGGUCUGGCGAGGGAAGAGGAGCGCCCAUUGCCCAGUAAUGAGUUUCAGCGCCAGUUUUGGCUCCUGUUUGAAUAUCCUGAGAGUUCAGGACCUGCGCGGAUAAUUGCAAUUGUUUCAGUUAUGGUCAUUUUAAUAUCCAUUAUUAUAUUUUGCUUGGAGACUUUACCUGAGUUUAGAGAAGUGUCUGUAGUUCUAGACAAUCCCGCCAAUGGGAGUGCACAAGGCCAAGAGCCCAGUCCGUUCACGGAUCCCUUUUUCAUGGUGGAGACCCUUUGCAUUGUGUGGUUCUCCUUUGAAUUCACCAUGAGAUUUCUCUCCUGUCCCAGUAAAGCAGCUUUCUUCAAAAACAUCAUGAACCUGAUCGAUGUUGUGGCCAUAGCUCCAUAUUUUAUCACAUUGGGCCUUGAUCUGGCAGAGCAUCAGGGGAGCAGUCAGCAGGCGGCGUCUUUGGCCAUCCUGAGGGUCAUCCGUCUGGUCCGAGUUUUCAGGAUUUUUAAACUUUCCAGACACUCCAAGGGGCUCCAGAUCCUAGGUCAAACCCUUCACGCAAGCCUCCGGGAGCUUGGACUGCUCAUUUUCUUCCUGAUUAUUGGAGUUGUUUUAUUCUCCAGUUCGGUUUAUUUCGCGGAAGCAGAGGACCCCGAGUCUGGAUUUUCAAGUAUUCCUGAUGCCUUCUGGUGGGCUGUGGUGACGAUGACCACUGUCGGAUAUGGAGACAUGUGUCCCUCCACCAUGGGGGGGAAAUUCGUUGGAUCUUUGUGCGCUAUCGCCGGAGUGCUUACCAUAGCUCUACCUGUCCCUGUGAUUGUAUCAAAUUUCAAUUAUUUCUACCACAGAGAGAACGAGGAGGAGGAGAAUAUUACGUACGUCCACGUGACGUGUGGACAGCCACCGGAGCAGGUGCAGCAGCAGCUUCAGCUCACCUUUGGUGAGCGCGACUCAAACCAAAGCAGCCCGUCGCUCUCUAGAACUGAAUCCUACCAGGGGAGCGACGACUUGGAGACUUUGACUUAUCCAAACAUAAAUCCACAGGAGAUUUACACAGGGAAACUGACUGAUGUAUGAAACCCACCGUCUGGAGAAAGUUUUAGUUCUGGUGAGUUUCCUCUGAGUGGGUAAACAAGUCAGGUUCUUCCACGUCGGGUGCUGUAGUUAUUUUACGCAUUCCUUUCCAAGCUUGCACACUGGGAUAAACAUACAGAUGACAGGUGUCCUUAAGUUUAAUUUACAACAAUAGAAAGAUCAUUCCUCAGCUGAAACCUCUUUACUCUGUCAUGUAGGGACUUAGGCAGGA